UCCAGCUGCGACGCUUGUAAAUGGCUGCCCGCUGCCUGUAGGUAGAGUUCAAGCAUGUGAAAUGUCAAACUGUUAGAUUUUUACCAGAAUAUUAUUUUCAAGAUAUAUUUUACUUGGUCCGAAACUGUUCACCAUGAAUGCAUACGAUAGGGGCACAUCCGGCAUGUCAGGCAGUGCCUUUGAUCGCUGGGUGCAAAAAGCUGACUUACCAGACGAUUCGGCAAUAACUAAAAUGCAACAUCAAUACUGGGUGACAAAACAAGCUUUAUCGCAGAAACUUGGUAAAAAAGAGGAUGAAUGCAUUGUUGCUUCGGAUGCGGAACUUGAUUCUAAGCUGGAAUUAUUUCGUAGUAUCCAAGAAUCUUGUUUGCAUCUGCAAAGAAUAAUCGACAAAUACCAAGAACGUUUAUGCAAUCUAGCGCAAGAAGAAAAUGCCAUGGGUCGAUUUCUGAAGGAAGCUGGUAAACAGGAUAAAACUAGAGCUGGCAAGAUGAUGUCAGCUGUUGGGAAAUCUCUAUCCUACUCAGGGCAACAAAGACUUGCUCUCAGAGCACCGUUAGUCAGAUUGUAUCAGGAGGUUGAGACUUUUCGCCAAAGGGCAAUUGAGGACACUUUGCAAAAUGUUCAAUCUAUGGAAAAAGCUAGAACUGAAUAUCGGGCUGCCCUUUCUUGGAUGAAAAAUGUAUCUCAAGAAUUGGACCCAGAUACUUUUAAGCAACUGGAACGGUUCAGAAAGGUUCAAACUAGAGUUCGAAGAGGUAAAUCAGCGUUUGAUCACUUGGCUCUGGACUGCCUGCAGAAAGUGGAUUUAUUGGCAGCGGCGAGAUGCAAUAUGUUUAGUCACGCACUUGUUCUGUACCAAAGUACCUUGUUGAAUUUUACCAAAAAAUCUGCUCAAGCAUAUGCAACAAUUGCAAACAGCUUCAAGGGCUACCAACAGUACGAUUUUAUGGUUGUAAAGGAACUUGCGGAGACUUCUAUCAAACUGGCACAAAAAACAGGCGGCAACGAGGAUCUGGAUGACAAAGAUAAAUUAUUGUUCUUCGAGUCUGACUAUCAUGACAAUGUGGAGGAAGCUCAAGAAGUGAAAGCAACUGAUGAGAAGAAAACGGAAGCAGGUAACAUCGAGAAAGAUAAUGAUGAAAAAUUAUUGGAUAUUGGAGAUGAUUCGCAUAUUCCAGACAAUACGGAAUUGAGUCUUUCACAAUUGAAUUUGAAUACUGACGAUGAGUACAGAGAUAAAGGUCUUCAGAGCUUUUUAAACAGCACCGAAGACAAGGAGCUUGCUGAUUUCUUUAAUAACAUAGAUCCACAGACCAAGAAAUUGAACGAAGAGAAAUCUGCAAAAAAGAUAGACCAAGUAAAAUUGGAUGAAAGUCUGACACAGCUGGAUUUGGCAAUGGAUUCAUUUACUGGCACUGGUGUUGGUUUUGAUUUUACCAACUCUCCACUCUUUAAUCCUCAACAACAACAACCGCAAGCACCUCUUGACUUGUUAACUUCAGAAAGUGUAGCCUUAUUUGAAGAAAUUUUAAAUACCACACCUACUACGAGUGCCAAUGAUUGGGAAAUGAUGUCUGGUGAUACUUUCUUACCACCCGGUAUAUUGAAACAGAGUUUAGGAGCUGCCACACUUGGUACAAAUCAGAAAGAUCCUGUUAGCGCAAGCAACGACAAUAAGCAGAACAAAAGUAAAUCAAAUAAAACAGGAAACUCUUGGCUGGACUUAUUUGCUGAGUUAGAUCCACUUGCCAACAAUCCGAUGGAUAGUCUAAUCAGCGAUAGAAAUGCCCCUGCUUAGUCCAACGUUUUUAUAUAUAUAUAUAAAAUAUUUGAACUAGUAAUUCGUCAUUAUUUAUAUGAUGUGGCCAUGUUUAAUUUUAUACGGCGUUACAGGUCUGCCGUUGUUGAAUACAUUAUAUGGCCAUUAUUCCUAGUCAUUUAGCAUCCUUUAAAUUUAAAUUAUACUUUUAGUUUUAGAAAAUGUAACUUUUAAUUAUUAUUGAGAGUGCAAAAUAUUGAAAGAAAUCUCUAUAACGUAAGUAAAAAUAACCGAAUUAAAAGUUACCUAUAUGUCUAUUUGUACUUAAUUGAAGUAUCUAUCGUUACUAACGAACAUUCCGACAUGGAGAUGAGCAUAGCAGUUUAUAAAAAAAAUUAGUGAAAUAUGUUCACGAAUCUCGUACAAUGUUUAAACACAGAGGAAUUUAUACCAAAGAGUUUCUACCGAAGAUAAUCGUAUUAUACAUAUUUAGAUGUAUUAGACUACAUUCAAAAUUCUAUGGAUUUGAUCGUAAUUUUUAAUAAUAAUAUAUUAUUACAUUUUUACAGGAAUUUAUUAUUUAAAAAUGGCUCCUAGAAAUACGAGACCACUCUUUGUUGUGUGGGUUUAAAUUAAUUUAAUUUAAUUACAAAUUUUUCGAUAUUUUCUGUACUGUACUGAUCACUUGUCAAAUCCAUUAUGAAAAGGGACGUGUUGACCACAAUAAAAGUAUUACAAAUGA